AUGUCUAAAACCCCCCAUGGAUGGCAAAUGGAACUAAUAGACUGCAUUGCAUCAUACAUGAAAGCCAGAUUUCAAGAGGAGGCCUAUUGUUGCCCAAUCAAUGUUGGGAAAAAUCAGGGUGGAAAAACCUGCAAUGCAGAACCUGCUGAGAGAUACACAGAAGUGACUGAGCCAUCCAUUCUGGUUACCAACUCAAACACCAUCUGCAUAUGGUAUUUGCUGGACACUCUCAGCCCAAAAAGAAGGGCCAACAUAUGGAACUGCCUUCAUCUUCUGAGGGAACCACUGUGGGAGAGCAUAAAGGCUUCCCCACAGGCAUGGCAGACAGACAGGUCAUAUUUCUGCAAUAAUGCUGAGUUGAAAGGCACCAUCAACCUGUCACCCACAUGGUUUCAACAGGGUCAUGGGGUGGAUGGCAGGGAAGCAUUGAUCUUCCUUGGCAAACAGGUGGAACAGUGGGCAGAUUCAGAUAUGAGCUCCAUACUGCUGAUAUGGAGCUCCAUGUAUAGCAGCAUGUCCAUGAUGGUGAAUCAGGCAACUUGUUACCACAGGGAUAUCAAUGGACAGGAUCCAUGGUAUGACAUGCUGGUAAUGCUGCACUACAACCCAGGGACAAUCAUUGCAUUUUCAGGUUCAGCAUUGGAGCAUGGGGUGGGAGCUGUAGAUGGUGACAGAGCAUGCCUGGUGUACUACAUGCAUGCCAAUGAUAUUCUGGCUCUCAAACUUUGGACAGGUGGUGUUGCCAAGAUUUUGCAAAUGGGCAGGUCCUUCAACAUCAUAGAUUGGGUGGGUACUCAGAGCUAA